CAGCAGGUUCCUACACUGCUCAACAUGAGCCACUUGUUGAUUUUCCUUUUAGUCACGCACCAUAAACAUCCAACUGCGCAACUUGCCUGACCUUGUCACACACCUGAGUGACCGUUCUUUUUUUGGGGGGGGUGGUUUGGAGGCGAAGCAGCUGCUGAGGAGUGAAAAAAACUGUCUGCACAUACCUCUUUCACAGAGUGGAAGGACUGUAUGCCGCACCAGUGUUCAACCAAACAUCUGGAUUCACCAAACUAUAAGGCAGAGGGCAUCAAAGUAAAAUAAUGGAAGAGCAGUCAAAAGGCUUUGUUGUGGCUGACUAUGCAGUCUUUACUGCCAUGUUGUUGGUCUCUAUGGGCAUCGGACUCUUCCAAGCACUGAAGAAGAGGCCAGGGGAGGCCACGACUGAUGACUUCUUCACGGGGGGUCGGAGCAUGCCGGCAGUGCCUGUUGGGCUGUCGCUCUGUGCCAGUUUUAUGUCAGCAGUCCAGGUUCUGGGUGUUCCUGCCGAGGCUUCUCGCUAUGGCUUUAAAUUCCUCUACAUGUGCGUCGGACAAAGUAUCAACUCCCUGUUGACAGCUUACCUCUUCCUGCCAGUUUUCUUUCGACUGGGCAUCACCAGCACCAAUCAGUAUCUGAAGAUGAGAUUCGGCAGAGGGAUGCAGCUGUUGGGGAGUUUCCAGUUUCUGGUGGCGACGCUGCUUUACACAGGGAUUGUCAUCUAUGCACCUGCCUUGAUCCUCAACCAAGCUACUGGACUCAAUAUGUGGGUGUCUCUGUUUUCUACUGGGAUCAUUUGCACCCUGUACACAACACUGGGGGGCAUGAAAGCUGUGAUCUGGACUGAUGUGUUCCAGAUUGUUGUCAUGUUGGCCGGCUUUGUGGCCAUUUUCAUCCACGGCACAGUUCUUGUUGGUGGUCCUGCAGUGGUGCUGGAGAUCGCCAAAAAUGGAUCACGCAUUAAUUUUGAUGAUUUUGGCGUUGACCCACGGCAGCGCUAUACCUUCUGGAGCCUGUCUGUCGGCGGUGCAAUGGUUUGGCUGUCCAUGUACGGCGUUAACCAAGCUCAAGUCCAGCGCUACAUCUCCUGCCGAACAGAAAGAGAUGCCCAGUGGGCGCUGUUUGUGAACCAAGUGGGUCUGUGCCUCAUUGUGGGCAGCGCAGCAACCUGUGGCAUCGUUAUGUUUGCUUAUUACAAUAACUGUGAUCCACUGAAGUCUGGGAGGAUUUCUGUCCCCGAUCUGUACAUGCCGUACUUCGUGCUGGACAUAUUCAAAGAUCACCCUGGAUUUCCAGGUCUUUUCCUUGCCUGUGCAUACAGCGGGACUCUGAGCACAGCCUCCACAAGUAUCAAUGCAAUGGCUGCAGUAACGAUGGAGGAUCUGCUGCGACCUCAUCUGCUCCACAUGACCCAGAAGAAAUUGAGAGUUGUUUCCAAAGUGCUGUCGUUACUGUACGGAGUGGGUUGUAUCACGGUAGCUGCUCUUUCCUCCCUCCUGGACUGGGGUUUUCUUCAGGGAUCAUUCACGGUCAUGGGUGUGGUCAGCGGUCCAAUACUGGGCGUAUUCAUUUUGGGGAUGUUUGUCCCAGCAACAAACAGGCUGGGGGCGUUCUCGGGAAUUUGUGUUGGCUUCUGUGUCUCACUGUGGCUGGCUGUUGGUUCAACUCUUUACCCACCCAGUGAGGAGAUCAUGGGUGUCCUGCCCAGCUACGCAGGCGAGUGUGAACCAAACAUCACCCUGAACAGCAGCUCUCACCAGGAGCAACACAUCAUCUCCAUCCUGCUUCACUCAAAUGACCAGGGGGUCCUGCUUAACUUAUACUCCAUGUCCUACCUCUACUUUGGUGCCAUAGCGACAAGUUCGGUGGUGCUUGUUGGGAUGAUAGUCAGCUAUGCAACAGGACCGACAAAGAGGAAUCAAAUUAAAGAGGGUUUGUUAUGGUGGGAUCUGAACAAAAAGCAAGUAGAGGUCCCAUCAGAGCGCAGAACUGGAACACUGUCCAGAAUGUUUCCCUGUCUUCUGCACGAUGCAUGCUUGGAUACACCGCUGCAGCCUGUGAGACUGAAUGGCCAGGGAGAUAAACCACAGCUUGUGCCCUUAAGGGACCUGCAUAAAGAAGAAACUUGUGAAGAGGAACCGACAGAUGUUGGGACUAUUAUAUCACCACUCAGAGUUUAAGUGUUGGACAACUUAACAUUUUUUAAAUUGCAAAUAGCAUGUCAUUCCUCUCCAGUAGCAAAAAGCUUUUUUAGUGUACUAGUCUAUUAUUCCUCAUUCAAUUCAACUCUAAAUUCCUAAAGUUGUUGUUUCUUUAUCCUCCACAUUUGGUGCUAUGUUUACUUAUAAAUCUAUUACUUAAGAUGUGAUUGAACAAUGAAGGCCUUUAUUUUUGUGCCAAGGAAGAUAUAAACUCAGCGACAACCCCCAGGUAAUAUUUGAAUUCCUGUAAUGUUGAAAGGCUUUUUCAUCAAGACUUUCAUUUUGGCUGUUCCAUAUCUGCAGCAAUGCACCUGCACUUCAACCAGUGUUAAUGUGGCGGGCGGCCUGGGGUGUGUGUGUGUGUGCAAUAAAAGUAAUUGA